UGCUGAUUCUAACUAUACUAUCAACCCACGAGUUGCUCGUCGCAGUGAGAGAGCCGGAUUUGAAGAGGAUCUCUGCUGCUCAUUAAGCUACACUCAAGAGCCCCAAGACCACCAUGUCCAGAUUCAUCCGAGCGUCCAAAUACCGACACGUCUAUGGCGAGAAAGCCAAGGAAAGAUACGACAAUGUCAAGAUUACAGGAUCAGCAUGGGACACUGACUUGGUCUCUGCAAGUGCGACCCAUUUAGCCAUCAACUGGCAAGCUGCCGGAGGAGGUGCAUUCGUGAUCCUCCCUACGUUCUCAGCCUUCUCCUCGCCAGCGCCUGCCGGAUUUCCAACCAAGCUACCCGAUAUCUUGCCCUUAGCGCGAGGACAUACCGCUCCGGUUCUGGACACUGCUUGGUCCCCUUUUGAUGAUGAUCUCGUCGUAUCUGCGGGAGAUGAUGGAAAGAUCUUCAUUUGGAAGGUCGAGAACGGUUUGUUCGAUGGCUGGGGCGAGGAAGGUUGGGAACCUCAGGACCUGGAGCCAAAAGCCAAACUUGAUGUUGCUGGAAGGAAAGUAGGGCAGGUCCUUUUCCAUCCUACUGCCUCCAACGUCUUGACCUCAGCAUCUGGAGAUCACAUCGUCAGACUGUGGGACAUCGAGAAAGGCUCAGACUCCGCGACCAUUCAGCUCGAACCUCACAAGGACAGUAUCCAAGGACUCUGCUGGAAUCCUACGGGUACAUUGCUAGCUACUACCUGUCGAGACCGCAAACUUCGUCUUUUUGACCCAAGAUCUGGGGGAGACCCUGUCCGAAUCACAGAUGGACAUUCUGGCGUGAAGGGUUCCCGAGUGGUAUGGUUGGGCGACAGGGAUCGAAUUGCGACGACUGGAUUCAGUCGAAUGUCCGACCGGGAAGUCUCCGUCUGGGAUACUGGUUCUCUGAACAACCUCAAGACUGAUUCUAUCGACACUUCAUCUGGAGUCUUGAUGCCGUUCUUCCUCGAAGGUAACGACAUUCUUUUCCUCGCGGGUAAAGGUGAUGGAAAUAUCCGAUACUACGAAUACGAAAAUGACACCCUCCACUACCUGAACGAAUACAAAUCUUCCGACCCUCAGCGCGGUAUGACGUUCUUGCCUCGUCGAGCUCUCGACGUAGGUCAACACGAGAUUGGAAGAGCUUUCAAGCUCGCGGGUGGUGGCGUGGAGCCCCUCUCGUUCAUCGUCCCUAGGAAAGCAGAAAACUUCCAGUCGGAUAUCUUCCCGCCAGCUACUUCUUCCGAAGCCGCACUUUCUGGGUCCGACUGGUUCGGAGGCAAAGACGCCAGACCCAAAGUUGUGGAUCUUCAGACUAAAGCUGUAUCGACGAAUUCGACACCUAUCGCUUCGACACCCAAAAAAGCAGCACCAACAAAGACACAGUCUGAGCCGAUCCCCAAAACGCCGACCCCUGCCCGAGAACCUUCACCUUCUCCGGUUAACAAGACGGAAACAGCGGCUGCUGGAGUCGCAGCUGCUGGGACCGCGGGACUGACCGCUGCAGCUACAGUGGCUGAAGCUGAGAAACCUAAAGACCAACCUGUAGAGGCUGCCAAAGAUUUGGAAAUCGAACAGCCUGACAGUGAAGACGAAGCUCCUGCGAAGUCUCCCGUGGAACAGAAACCUGCCGCUUCUACUUCUGCUCCUUCAUCCGGUGCCAAGGUCACAGCGCCAACCGAUACGCUCCUCGUCAAACGAUUAUCUGACAAGGCGACUGUCCCCACUCGUGGAUCCCCUCUUUCGGCCGGCUACGACCUGUACUCCGCCGAGGAUAUUCAAGUGCCCGGUCGAGGCAAAGCUUUGGUAGACCUGCAGAUCUCUAUUGCUUGUCCAGAGGGAACUUAUGGUCGUGUCGCGCCUCGUAGUGGUCUCGCCUCAAAACACUCUAUCGAUACGGGUGCAGGAGUCAUUGACGCUGACUAUCGCGGACCCGUCAAGGUUCUAUUGUAUAACCACUCAGAUACGGAUUUCGAAAUUAAAACUGGAGAUCGCAUCGCUCAAUUGAUUCUUGAACGCGUCGCUAUGGUUUCAUUGCAAGAAGUAGACGAUCUCGAAGCUACGAGUCGAGGAGCUGGAGGCUUUGGAUCUACAGGAGGCUUUGGAGCCAAGUGACAGAGGGCAGAAGGGGGACUCGACAAAAUUACAAUGAAUGCAUGAAUGAUUUCAGGAGGCUUCUUCCGUUUGUGAACCGUUCCACGGAAUUAUUACCAUUUAUUAACAUUUUUUGUUGUUGUCAAUGAUCCGGAU